ACAUAUAUAUAUAUAUGACUGUGUUAAUUUUAAAAAAUAUUUUAUAGGAGUUAACUAAUAUAAUAUCCCUACGAUAUUUCCCUUUUGGGCACCAAAAGGUGCUACUUUUGAGCUAGCAAACAGAAAAAAGGGAUCUUUAUGAUUAUUGUUGAUUUUCUUUAGGUGCAAAGCAAACAGCUGGUCUUAACUGGCCAGAGAUUGUAUGGGUUGGAGCUGGAACCAAUUUGCCUGUGCAUGAACAUACAUACUCAGUGCCUAUAAAAAAGUACAAAAAACAGAAGUAUAUUUUUAAGUAAUUUAAAUUUUCUUUUCUUUAUCUUUUUGCUUUCCCAUUACUUCAUUUUUCUAUGUUCUGCAUUUCAUAUUGGGUUCUAGAAGAAAUGAGGAAAGAGAGCAAGUAGAUUAACAGUUUGUGAAGUGUGUGUUUCUAUGUUGUGGCUGAUGUCAACCACCUAAGCAACAACCGAACCGCUCCUUGCCAAUCAUUCCUUCUGUUGGAUAGGGAACAAGCAGAAAACCCAUCAGAUAAAACAUUCAAUGUACAUUUAAACCCUAUGACAACUAAUUAUAGGCCAAUCAUUUAGUUGUCCUACUUAAGAUUCUUCAUUUAUUAAUUCAGCAAGCAAAUUUAAUACUUCUCUCACUCUUUUACCUACCUUUUUUAAUCAAACUUUAUACCCUAUGACUUUGGUUAUAGCCAACUACUCUCCCAACAGGUUUACUACAAGAAAACAUCCUAUUAAAAUUAGAUCCUGACACUCGAAGAAAACUAAGAACCUAUCAAACACAAAACUGGGUGAUUUUCUUUCAGCUGUUCUUUAAUAAUUGACAAAGCAGAGACUGUUGUGUGUUUGAGUAAAAGUGUGGAAAAUAUUAAUAGCAGACCACAUGAGUUGAUGGGAAUAUAGUGCAAGCUAGCAUUGGAUGGUGACUGGAUACCAAGAGAUUUGACGUUUGCCCUCAAAUGCAGAUGCUACUUUCAUAUCAACCAAAACAAAGUGCAUGUGUAGACAUUAGCAGAUAUCAGGUGAAUCCUUUAUAAAUGGUAUAAAAUAAAAGAAAUUACACAGUACCAUAUCUAAUCAUUAGUUUGGUAGUGUCCUUGAGUGAGGUUAUCUAAACUUUUUCUCCAUCCCUCCCAUGUGCACUGCAAUAAACUAGUCUCCACUUCUCUCAACAAAUACACCCUAAGAAAUACAAAACUAAACAAACUGGAAAGUUAUGUGCGUCAUUUUUCCAUAUACAUCGAAGUCAAAAUAGGCCAAAUUUGCCAGGUUGGCCUAUUUCUUUUAAUUAAAAAAGAUGAUCUUUAACACAAGGGGCAAAUAGAUUAUAUACCCGAAGACACGCCCACUUUCUCUUAAUUUCGUAUCUGCAUAAAACUAAGCCUCUGCCAGAUGGGAAACUUGGUUAUAAAGAUAUAACAAACACUUACGACAAACUUCAGUAGCAAAAUAUUAAAAUCAGAAUAUCGAAAUAAAGAUAUGCUAACUGAUUACCCAACUAUGGACCUUGAGCCAGAAAACGACAAUCUGCUAUUUUUCUUUCUUUCUUUCUUAACAACCAGGCACCUUCCCUGAUAAAUACUCUGACAUUUCUGAGGUGAAAUACCAAUUUUGAAACCCUUCUGUGUCUUUCUCAGAAAUGGGCAACGCAGCUUCUUGCACACCUUCCUUAUCAGCCAAUGGGGUCUUCAAGGUGUUGUUCUUGGAUGGGAGGUUAGAGUCCUACACAAAACCAAUCAGAGCUGCAGAACUCAUGCUAGAAUACCCUGGACACUUUGUUUGUGACUCUACCUACCUCAAAGUGGGACACCGCAUUCAAGGGCUCCUAGCCGAUGAGGAACUCCAAAGGCGCAAAUUUUACUUCCUUCUACCAAUGGAACUUCUCUACUCUGUUCUAACCCAUGAAGAAAUGAGCUCUCUUAACUACAAAGCAUCAAGAGCAACCAAGCAUGCAAGUUUUAACAACUUGGCAAAGAUUUUUCCAGUUUUCGGUGAAUUUUGCAUGUUCCCUUCGGAGCUUAAGAGAUUAGAAGCUGCGAAUCAGGUGGUGAGGGAGCCAGAACCAGUUGAAAGGUACUCCAAACAGAGAUCUUGGAGACCGGCGCUGGAAACCAUUGAUGAAACUCCAUGAUACAUGUUCAUUUUUUGUAAGCAUACCUUUAGAUGUUAGAAUUAGUUCAUAUAUUUUUAUCGCAAACCAAAAUAUCUGAGCUGCGUGGGAUGGCAUGCAAGCUUGAUGAAGGACUUCUUGUGUAUAUCCUUUGCUUCAACUUCCUUGGCUUGUUCAUUCAUCAAUUAAAGGAGUUUUCCCUCGAAAAAAGUGACAAUUUUGUGAAUGUGUAGAAACAGUAGUAGCAUAGCAUAUCUGUAAACGUUUUAUCAAAUUUAUGAGU